AUAAUACGUUUUCCACAGUUUUUUGUCACCGCUUGUCUGUUUCAUGUUGAUUUGGUGAUUAAAUACGUUGUUAAUUAGUAAUUCUUGCAGAUUUAGCGUUUAUAAAGUCAUAUUAGUGUAAACAAAAAUAGUAGUAGUGUUGGUGGACAAUUUUACGGGGCCGACUUCAAUAUGUCGGACGAAAAUUAUCCAAAAACUUUAUACGUAGGAAAUUUGGACAUUUCAGUUUCGGAGGACCUGCUAUGCACACUUUUCUCGCAAAUAGGUCCCGUAAAGGGCGUAAAAAUAAUACGCGAACCCGGCAACGAUCCAUAUGCUUUCGUUGAGUUUACAAAUCAUCAAUCGGCAUCUACUGCAUUAGCCGCAAUGAAUAAGCGAGUGUUUUUAGAUAAAGAAAUGAAAGUUAAUUGGGCUACUAGUCCCGGAAAUCAACCAAAAACGGACACUUCCAAUCAUCACCACAUCUUUGUAGGCGAUUUAUCCCCCGAAAUCGAAACUGAAACAUUAAGAGAGGCCUUCGCCCCAUUCGGGGAAAUAUCUAAUUGUCGUAUUGUACGUGAUCCUCAAACGUUAAAAUCAAAAGGUUAUGCUUUUGUGUCGUUCGUUAAAAAAACCGAUGCAGAAAAUGCUAUUCAAGCAAUGAAUGGCCAAUGGUUGGGUUCUCGUUCGAUUCGUACAAACUGGUCCACAAGGAAGCCACCACCACCCAAAUCGGAAAAAGCCCCUAAGGGUAAACAGCCAACUUUUGAAGAAGUCUAUAAUCAAAGCUCUCCUACAAAUUGCACAGUAUACUGUGGAGGCUUCACCAGCGGCCUUACUGAAGAUUUAAUGCAUAAAACAUUCUCUCCUUUCGGUAUGAUACAGGACAUAAGAGUCUUCAAAGACAAAGGAUAUGCCUUUAUUAGAUUUACCACAAAAGAGGCAGCUGCUCAUGCAAUAGAAAGCAUUCAUAAUUCUGAUAUCAAUGGACAAACAGUUAAAUGUUUCUGGGGAAAAGAAAAUGGUGGUGUAGGUAUGGAUCCAUCUGCUGUUAUGACCCCAGGUAUGGCAAACCCUGCUCAAGCAGCACAGCAAUACCCAUAUGGUUAUGGCCAAGGUAUGGGCUAUUGGUAUCAAGGAUACGCACAGGGUUACUACCCUUACCAGUAUCAAUAUCCAACAGGUAGUCAACAGUACUGUGUCAUGCCCCAACAGGGGCAACAACCUAAUCCAUCUCUUAUGUAUGCAUCAGUGCAAAAAUACCCUGCACAGUGAAUCAAAUUUCUUAUUCCUGAACUUGUGCAGAAUUUAUUGCAAGUUCACAUUUGAAAUGAAGUUUAACAUGCACUGUUUUUAUUUAGUUGUUCUGUGUAAACCUGCAGGUAAUUUUGAUGAGUUCUGGAAUGGGGACUAAAAGACUCAUGUUGAGUUGGCAAAUAUUGUGAUUUAUCUGAUAAACGCACUCUGUUUGUCAGUUUCAUCACCAAUCAUCGAAUAAAUAAAGGAAGUGGUGUGUUAUGAAUGGUUGGUGAAUUCGGCUGGGUUUACUUGUGCCAACUUGCUAGUUUAAAGGCUCAAGUGAACCAUUGUCACAUUGCAAAAUUAUUGUAGAAAUAUAUUAUAGCUUAGGCUAGGUAGGAUAAUGAUAUUUCUAAUAACAAUUAUUGAUGUACUAAAAUGUUAUGACAGAAAAAAAAAUAUAUAAGACUAAGGUCCACAUGUUCCGUGUGUGUAAUUUCUGAUCAUCCUGAUACUUCACUGUCAUAAUGCAACUGGCAUGUAAAUGAACCAAGGCCAUAAUGACAGACUUGUAAAGUGUUUUGUAUGCAAGAUUGUAUAUGCUAGUUGUUAAUAAAAUGUUUGGGUCUGGGAAGUGUGUA